AUGCCCGACACAAGAGAGCCAGCAAUCCCGGCCCCCCCGGGCGCGGUAUCAAACCUCGAUCACCCAGAAGAUGUGCUGCAUACUGUAAACCUAGCGACGCAAGUAGUGUGCAUUAUCGUUGUGACGAUUGCAGUCGGGAUGCGGGUUGCUGUUAAGGUGCGGUUGAGGAAUGGGUUGGGGUUGGAAGAUUAUACGACGAUUGCGGGAUGGGUGUUGUUUAUUGGCUUCUGUGCGAAUAUGCUUGUGCUCAAUGUCUACGGCGGAGGGUACCACGCCUGGGACGUCCCCAAAGACCAGUUCGUCAGUUUCCAAAAGGCCUCCUACGCCGUAACCCUAAUCUACGUCCCAAUGGUCUUCGUGAUCAAACUCGCCCUCCUAACGAUCAUGCUCCGAAUCUUCUCCCCAGACCGCCAGAAAGUAAUCAUCAUCUACGCCAGCAUCACAGUCCUGCUCCUGUACUACAUCCCCGCGCUCUUCAUCAAGAUCUUCUUCUGCAAGCCAAUCUCCACAUACUGGCUCGGCCCCGAGGUCACAGGCGGGACCUGUAUCGAUCAGCGCAACGUCAUCAUCGCCGACUCGGCCAUUAGUAUCGUGAGCGACCUCUGGAUCCUGAUCCUGCCGGUGCCGAUGCUGUGGUCGCUGCAGAUGUCGCUGAAGAGGAAACUCAGGGUUGUAGGGAUUUUGGGCGCGGGGGGACUAGCGACGGGGUUCAGUGUUUGGAGGCUUUAUAUGAUGGUCGAGGAAUCCGAGACGGCUGAUACAACCUGGUUUUGGAUUCAUGCGGUUUUGACAGCAAACGCCGAAGCAGGAAUCGGUCUCAUCUGCGCCUGUCUCCCAGCUCUAAGCUCGUACAUUGCAUCCCUCAAGUCCCGCGCUAACAGCAGCUACCGGAGCUACAAGAGCCACGAGCUAAGUAGCUGGAAUAAGCUGGGGAGCUCGAAGAAGGGGAGCGGGAACCACAGCUCUGCGUUUCCGCCGACGCAGACGGACCAGGCGUGCUUGAUUUCUACGAUUGAGGCGGAGACUUCGUCGGCUGAGUUGAGGAGGGAGGGGGAGGGGGAGAGAUCGCUGACGAGGGAGAGCGGUGGGAAGAAUGGGAAUGGGAAUGGAACUGGACAUGAACACGGGAAGAGUGAUGGAGGAGUGAUUCAUAAGAAUGUGGUUGUUGAGCAGAGUUAUGAGUAUGUGAAGUGA